CCAAGCCACGCGCCGCAAAGCCUUCCCGCUGUGAAUCAAUGGAUGCGCCAGCGCCGCCGUCGCCGGCGGCGCACAACCUCAAGAAGCGCAAGUUGGACCGGCUGGAUGAGCAAGAACCACCACCGGAGAGCGGCAGGGCCGGCGACGGGGUCGGCCUCGACUUCAUCAACGCCCUUCCCGACGACCUCCUGUGCACCAUCAUCUCUCUCCUUCCCACCAAGGACGGCGCCCGCACGCAGGUCCUCGCCCGCCGGUGGCGGCCCCUCUGGCGCUCCGCGCCCCUCAACCUUGUUGCCGACUAUAGCCUCUCCCUCCAGGAGCGUAAGCGCGUCAUCUACAUCUCGAAGAUCCUCGCCGAUCACCCCGGCCCGGCCCUCCGCCUCUCGCUCCCCUGCCUCCAUGAACGCUACCGCGACAAGAUCGACGGCUGGCUUCGUUCCCAGGCCCUCACCGACCUCCAAGAGCUCUGCUUCGGCUACGGACCCGAGGCUACGGCCCCCGAGGCACCCUCGAUACCACAGUCCGCGCUCCGCUUCGCGCCGACACUCCGCGUCGCCAGAAUCAGCUACUGCUAUUUCCCCAAGCUGCCUGCCAAGUCUCUGAAUUUUCCGCUUCUCAAGCAGCUCAGCAUGUACAAGGUCACCAUCUCGGACUUGUCUGCGUCGUCUCUGAAUUUUCCGCACCUCAGGCAGCUCACCACGCAUGAGGUCACCAUCUCGGGGCACGCUCUGCACAGCUUGCUCUCUGGCUGCUUUUCACUGGAAAGCCUCUUACUGAAAGAUAAUGUUGGUUUUUCUGGUUGUCAUGAGCUGAUCAUCGAGGAUGCCUCUUGCCUUGAGAGGUUGCUGCCACUCUCUCCAGACUAUGGUCCCUCGACAGUCCAGAUCAUCAGAGCACCCAAGCUGCAGAUGACGGUUUUGCUGUCAAAUGGCACAUCCAAACUCCAUAUUGGAACCACAGGUUUUCAGGAAAUGCCUGCCAUCAACGUGACAACCAUCAUGCAAACCGUGAAGUUUUUGGUUAUCGACUCUGUUGGCCCUGAUCUCAAUGCAGUAAUUGGCUUCCUCAAGUGCUGCCCCUGCCUAGAGAGGCUGUAUAUCAUUUCGCACCUGAGGAAAGGAAUGAAAAAUGUGCGAAAAUAUGACACGCUGGAUCCAAUUGAAUGCCUCACGCUCCAUCUCAAAAGCGUGGUCUUGCAGAACUACUGGGGCAACAAGCCAGAUGUGGACUUUGCCAAAUUUUUCAUCUUGAAUGCAAUGGUGCUAGAACAAAUGAUAUUUAGAACCCUCAACAGCUGCAAUGACAAAUGGAUGUCUGAUCAACAUAGGCGGCUGCAAAUGGACAACAGAGCUUCUCUAGAUGCUCGAUUUGAAUUCAAACGAUAUUUCUGUCGGGAUUGGGCUUGGUUCCACGAUAACAAGCAUACCCAUGAUUUAUCUGUGGCGAAUCCCUUUGCUGAUAGGUUCGAGAAUACCAUCCUUUGA